UUAUAAGGUUGACGAUAUGGUUAAGAAAGCAAAGCAUGAUGAUAUGCUCAGUAAUUUGCCCGAUUCCAUUCUCAGUCGCAUCCUAUCGUUGCUUCCCAUAAAAAAUGCAGUUUCCAUUUCCAUUCUUUCGACCAGAUGGCGAUAUCUGUCUGCCUCAUUGUUUAAUCUUGAUGUUAAUUUUUACUUAUUUAUGCGUUCUCCUCCACAUAUUGUCAAGAGCUUCACGAACUUCAUGGAUAAACUAUUGUUUUUCCAUGCUGAGGAAAGGAUCCAACAAUUCCGACUCAAUCAUACCUACAUAUCGGGGAUCGAUGAUUCACAUGUUUGUCGAUGGAUAUAUGCUUCACUUUGGCGCGGGGUUAAGGAGUUAGAUUUGGUUUUCUAUAACUUCUACAACAUGUCUAUGUUGCCUACUGCUCUUCUUUUUACCGGCACGACGCUAGUGAGAUUGAAACUGUACAUGCCAUUUGUAAUGACUGUUCCGAUUUAUAUUUGUUUGCCUAACCUCAAGACCUUGGAGCUUCGAUCUAUUAAAUUUGAAGACGAUGAUUCAGUCAAAAGACUCUUUUCAAGCUGUCAUGUACUUGAAGACUUAUCCAUCUUCGACUGUGACAUGAGAAACAUUACGUGUCUUAAAAUCUCAAACCCUUCACUUAAGAGUUUGACUUUAGUGUUUAAAUAUUUUAUUAUGUUCGGUUUGUAUGCCAUUGUCCUUGAUCUUCCAAGUCUUGCCUACUUCAAAUACGACGGCCACAAAGCUCGAAACUAUUCCAUGGUAAACAUGCCUUAUCUUGCUAAAGCUGAUAUUAAUAUCUAUGGAGAAUCCGGUCCUAUAGAAGAAGGAUUAGUUGAGUUUUUUCAACAACUUGGUAACGUCAACUCACUUCAUUUGACUCUUGAACCGCAAGCACUUCCAGUUUUGUCCCACAAACGUUUUGACGCAUUUGGAAACCUGCUUCGGCUGCAAAUUGUUAAUUGGAGCAACGACGAAUGGGAAGGAGCAUGGCUUCUCGAGUUCCUCGAACUCUCACCUAAUCUGCAAACUCUUGUUAUUCGUAAACUAUCAAAGCAGGUCUCGCUUCCAAUGGAGAAAGUGCCUUCAUGUGUUGUAUAUCAGCUCAAGGAGUUUAAAGUAAUAGAUUUUGAUGAAAAGAGUUCCCUGUUUAAUUUGGUUACUUAUAUACUGAAGAAUGCAGCGUUGAUUUGA